AUGUCCCAAUCGUUACGUCCUUAUCUUAAUGCAGUGCGCUCGUCAUUGACGGCUGCCUUGUGUUUGGAGAACUUUGCGUCGCAAACAGUUGAGCGACACAACACGCCAGAGGUCGAGCUUGGAACCACACCUGAGGUGUUACUGAACCCGUUAACAAUUGCACGUAAUGAGAAUGAGAAAGUUCUGAUUGAGCCAAGUAUUAACUCUGUGCGAGUCAGUAUUAAGAUCAAGCAAGCUGAUGAAAUUGAGACUAUUUUGGUGCGCCAAUUUGCGCGUUUCCUGACAGGCCGUGCAGAGGCGUUUUACAUUUUACGACGAAAGCCCAUUCCAGGUUACGACGUGUCAUUCCUUAUUACGAACUUUCAUACGGAGCAAAUGCUUAAACACAAGCUUGUGGACUUUAUUAUUGACUUUAUGGAGGAGGUCGACAAGGAGAUUUCUGAAAUGAAGUUAUUUUUGAAUGCUCGUGCACGCUUUGUUGCCGAGGCCUACCUAACACCCUUUGAUUAG